UUUGAUUUAUGGAGGUCUUCUUAGUAUCUGUGAUGACCAUCGACAACAGAAAAAGUGUCCUUUCUGGCUCUCUGUCUUCUCUUUCCUACCAGCAGUGAGCGAAGACUGUUUCGUCUUUUUUUUUCCAAAACCAUACACCAAGCUGUGAUUACCUUCAUUUUAUUUUAUAAUGCCUACAGGUCCAGUACCAAAUAUAAACCACUUGUUUUUCCCUGAUUUAUACUGUGGAAAUUUAGAAUAGGAACUUUACUAUUUUUACAUAUGUUCGAUAUACUCAGUAUCCCAGCAGAAAAUCACUAUAAAAAGGCAUAGGUUAUUAUAAAGAUUUCUUAUAAAGAGUUGUCAUUGAAAACUGCGAAGAAUUGUGUAUACAACUAUGUUUACAUUUUCUUUAUUUAUUUGUACAGUUGGUAAAAGUCCAAUUUGAAUUCUGUUUAUUUAUUCGCCUUUUUUGUAUCUGCAUGGAAAUAAAUUUCAAAUAUCAUUAACGAAACGUACGGGUCUGCGGAGCGCGUUUAGCUUCAUUUGCGGUGUUUGCAUGAUGUACGGCGAAUGUGUCAUGUACCUAUUUUGGGAAAACCACAUGGCCGCAUCAGUUUUAGUAGUUGAUAAAGCAUCACACGAAAUAGGAAAUAAUCUUUCCAUCAAAAGAGCGCCCUUGGACAGCCGUUUAUAAUGAAAUAAUUUCACUUUAGUUGACAGAUAUAUAUUACAAGUUAUUCGUCAUCGUGGAUCGUCUUUUUCACAAUCAGAAGGCUUAGUGCAAAAAAUACUAGUUUGGCCCGCAUUGGCAAUGUUAUGAGACACACCGUCGAGUGUAGCAGAAAGCCCUUUUGAAAAGUGUGAUAACCUUCUACCGACAAAGAGCAGUAUCCAACAGUAACAAUGAACAUCACAAGUGUAUGUUUCAACAUCUCCAGCAAAACUGUGAACAGAACAGGAAAUGAAAGCGGCAAUAAGCAAGAGAUCCCAUCAGGACAAGGGAACCAUCUUCCUCUCGUUCUUCUGGGUGUUCUCUCCUGCCUCAUCGUCUCCGCCAACUCACUAGUGAUAGCAUUGGUAUAUAAAAAUACGCAGCUGCGAACAAUAACUAAUUUAUGUUUGGCAUGCCUAGCGCUGUCCGAUCUUUUACCAGGCCUUGUUGCCAUUCCUUUGAUAUUUGCCUGUAAUCUUUCGCCCAUACCAGAUGGAAUUGCUUCCUGCAUCGCUAUGGAUCUUGCAUCACGGUUUAUCGCCAUUUUGACCAUAUUGCAUCUUCUAAUUGUAACAUUUGAACGCUAUAUCAUGAUCAUUUACCCUAUGCAUUACUACCGGAUUGUAACCAAAAAUAGAAUGGCUGCCUUGAUGGUCUUUAUUUGGACCUUCUCUCUGGCUGUAUCGCUCAUACAGCUGAUUUGGAUCAGUUUUGGGUCCACCCCUGAAACUGCAAACGAACAACACAGUGACGUGAUCUACAUUUACAGCUGCUUUGUAGGACUCGUGGUGCUUCCUUUAAUACUCCUUGCAGUCGCCUACAGUCGCAUAUUCUUAAUUUUGCGAGUUCAACUGAAACGAAUACGUCGGCAAGCGACUCAUGUAAGAGUCUCAAGGGGAGCCAGGCAAAAACGGGGCCAAAAGCGCGCGGUGAUCAUUCUCGGGUCCAUGAUCCUGGCCUUUAUUUUGGGUUGGUGCUCGUACUUUCUGAGCUCGAUUAUCUUGGACGAGAAUUUACUAAUGCAUCUCCCGCAAGCCGUAAAUGUCACUCUCCUUUUCCUGAGGUAUAGCACAUCUCUUUUCAAUCCUCUCUUGUACACUUUGUUCAAGGAGGAUUUUAGAAACGUUUUACGAUCGUACGUUUUUAAAAAUCCGCAGAAUAGCUUAGACGAAGUUCCUUUAAGCAGCAACGCUUGUUGAGCUGCAUGCAGGAUUUAAGUAACGUGAAAAUCUUCAACAUUCAUAUCCAGCUCGCUAAAGCGCUCCAAACUAAGUG